ACAUGACACAUAUUAUAUAAAUAUUUCAAAGCAGUUGUUAACCAUCAGUACAUAGUGAAACAAAAUUCACUGAAGAAAAUUACACAGUAUAACUGCAGUGACUUUUAAACUGGUGAACAUGAAGCACUAUAUUAUAAAUCCACUUUACACGGCCAUUUUUUCGAUGAUUAUUUUUGCGGCGUUAUCAUCAUCAUUUGACUUAAACUAUUUUGGUACAAAAGAUGGAAAAUUGUAUGUGAAUUCAACAUAUGAAAUAGUUAAAGGAGGAAACAUAGUGUUAAAUAUAGGUCCAUAUAAUAUUCCAGGAUUGAAAAGCUAUAGGAAAUUAACUCCUAAUGAAAAAUUAGAAGUACGGAAGUUAGAGGAAGAAUUUAAUAUAGAAAGAGAAAAGGAACGAAUAUCACGUGAGAAUGAAAGGGAAAAGGAGCAACAAAGACGUGAAGUUGAAAAACGGAGGGAACAAAAAUAUCGAGAUGAAGAAAAAAGAAGAAACCAAAUACGACGUGAGAAAGAGCGACAAAAAGAUGAGGUGGGAAGAGAAAAGGAUUUACAAAUACGCAUUUCUGAAAGAGCACAGAACGACUUGGAAAGGGAAAUGCGUGAUUUGGAAAGACAAAGGCAACAGCUGAAACGUAACAUGGAACAACAACAACGAGAUGCCGAAAGAGCACAACGAGAUGCUGAAAGAGCAGAACGUGAUGCCGAAAGAGCACGACGUGAUGUGGAAAGAGCGUAUCGAGAAGUGAAAUUAUCAAUACCUAAAUGGAAUGUACAGAUAAGACCCGCUACAAUAAAACGUCGUACACCAAAUAAUAUACGAAUUAUACCACGCAAUCGUGGAACGGGUGGAACGGGUGUAACAUAUCGUAAAAUAACAAAAAAUAAUAAUACUAUAAACUUAUACGAAUAAUUUGUGAGUUGUGGCCUGUGAUUUAAACAAAUCUUAUACUAAAAUUAUUUACUUUAUCAUGUAGGUCAAUACCAUUGUUAAGAUUGCGUUAUUUCGAUCACUUCAUUCAUCACAAGAUUCUGUAAUCUAUAAUCACAUAGUAUACCUAGUACCUACAUCAUUACCCAUACCAUAAACCUCAUAUUGAAUAACCGUUUAAAAUCAUAAGUAAUUUAGUACUAUAAUUUUUGUUAUACAUUAUGAUUUAUGAGGUAUACUUACGCUUACGUAUUUGGUGUAAAACUGUAAACACAUUACGAUAUUCCAAAUAAUAUGUUUUAUUUUAUAUCUUAAGUAUAUUGUGUAUAAUGACUAUUUAUUUACGAAUAAAUGAAAAUCUACUGCAGUCUAAUAUAGUGUCUAAAUGCACUACUACGUAA